CCAUCAGAGAGAAUGGCCACAGCCUUAUCUGAGCCAGCCAGAGCGCCGGCGUCCCACCGUUUGCAAACAUGGACGUCUCACAGUUUGCCGCACUGGUGCUCGGUGCUCUCGUCUCCCUGCUCUUCCUCGCCACUAGGAGGAAGCUCUCCUCCGAUGGCCGGCGUCGUCUGCCUCCGUCGCCGCCGGGGCUUCCCCUCCUCGGCUACCUGCCCCUCCUUGGCCCCCUGCCUCACCGUAAGCUCCAGGCCAUGGCCGCCAAGCACGGCCCAGUAAUGCUCCUGCGCCUGGGCCGCGUGCCCACCGUGGUGGCCUCCUCGGCGGCCGCGGCGCAGGAGGUCAUGAAGACCCACGACCUGGCCUUCGCGAGCCGCCCUAGGGCGCGCAUGGCCGAGCGCCUCGUCUACGGCCGCGACAUGGCCUUCGCCCCCUACGGCGAGGGCUGGCGCCAGGCGCGCCGCGUCUGCGUGCUCCACCUCCUCAGCCAGCGCCGCGUCCACGCCUUCCGCCACGCGCGGGAGCAGGAGGCCGCCGCGAUGGUCGCCCGCGUCCGCUGCGCCUCGCCGGGCGGCGUCAACGUCACCGCCCUCAUCAUCUCCUACACCAACGGCAUCAUCUCCCGCGCCGCGUUCGGCGACCAAGGGGGAUUCGGGUUUGGCGACGGUGAGAAGCUCGCCGAGCUGUUCGCCGACUUCGAGGAGCUCCUCGGGACGGUCACCAUCGGGGACUUCGUGCCAUGGCUGGCGUGGGUCGACGCGCUCAUGGGACUGGACGCCAAGGCGGCGCGCACGUCCGCGCAGAUGGACGCCUUGCUCGAGCGGGUCAUCGCGGACCACCGUCAGAGGCGCCGUGACGGCCGGCGAGAGGAUGACGGCCACCGGGACUUCGUCGACGUCAUGUUGGACGUGAACGAUGAGGCAGACAAGAACGCCGCCGAUGGAUUCGUGUUUGACAACGUAGCCAUCAAGGCCAUUGUCCUGGACAUGUUCGCCGCUGCCACCGACACGACCUACACCUCGUUGGUAUGGGCCAUGGCGGAGCUCAUCAACCACCCACACGAGAUGCGCCGGGUCCAGGACGAGAUCCGCGCGGCCGUCGGCGGCGGCGACCACGUCACCGAGGACCACCUGCAGAAGCUGCGCUACCUCAGGUGCGUGAUCAAGGAGACGUUCCGGCUGCGCACGCCGUUGCCGCUCCUCCUGCCCCGGGAGACGAGGGUGGACACCGAGCUGCUCGGCUACCACGUUCCGGCGCGCAGCCGCGUCAUCGUCAACGCCUGGGCCAUCGCACGGGACCCCGCGUCGUGGGAUCGCGCCGACGAGUUCGUGCCGGAGCGGUUCGCCGGCGACGACCUGACGACGACGGACUACCUGCUCGGGCAGGAUUUCCGGUUCGUGCCGUUCGGCGCCGGGAGGAGAGGCUGUCCUGGGGUCGGCUUCGCCGUGCCAUCCAUGGAGCUGGCGCUGGCGAGCCUGCUCUACCACUUCGACUGGGAGCUGCCGGCCGGCGGGCCUUCGAAGGUGGAGAUGGACGAGCUGAACGGGCUAUCGGUGCGGCUCAAGGCGACGCUGCUUUUGGUUGCUAAGCCAUGGUCUCCUUAAUUAGUAUCACCAUGCAUGUCUUUGGAUUUGUCGUCUUGAUGGUAAUAUACUGUAUAUAAGAUCAUCACUGGCUUGUGAUUUUAUUUUGGUCGUGUAACAAUAGUACUCCUGGUAGGAUGCAUAACAUAGAUCUCUAGCUUUUUUGAAUCUCAUUUGCAUGCAAGUGUGCCCAA